ACGAUUAGUAAGCGCUCGGUUCCCCUUUGGGUCACUACGCCUGCGGGCAGCAGCGUGAGGACCACAACCUCGCUCGACGCUAUUGUCCUCCUUCAGCUCUCUCGCGUGCCAUCAUGAGCUUUCAGGACAUUGAAACUGGCCUUGCGCGUCCGGGACAAUCAAACUCGACAGCACUUCAGCCGCGUGAAGAGUCUGCGUUUCUCUCCUUGCAAUCGUCACUUUCGCUCCAAGUGUUCAAGAUAAAUUCGAAUGUACAGGGUAUUCUCAAGUUGGUCGACCAACUUGGCACCACAAAGGACUCAGCCACGCUCAGGAAGUCCUUACAUGACCUCACUGAAACAACGAGGGCUAUGGCUAAGCGAGGUUCUGAGGACUUGAAGAAGAUUGCCUCAACGGCUACGGCAAGCCCUCAACACAAGACUUCAGUUCAGAAGAUAUCACAUGACUUGCAGCUGUCUUUGGUAGCAUUUCAAAGAGCACAACAAGUCAGUGCAGAGCGUCAGAGAACAGUUGUUGAAGGGGUGAAAAUAGCUGUAGAAGACGAGCACUAUGAUGAUGCGCUUCGCCAACGAGAGCCAAGCGCAUCUCCCCGACAACGCCAGGCUCAACUUCUCCAGUCACAGCUUUCUCCACACGAACUCGCAUAUCAAGAGUCUUUGAUUCAAGAACGAGAAGCAGAAAUUCAAGAGAUUGAGUCCGGUAUACACGAACUAUCGGAGAUAUUCCGUGACCUUGGGACAUUGGUCAACCAACAAGGCGGCAUGCUUGACAAUAUCGAAUCCAACGUGUAUUCCAUCGCUGUAGAUACCCAAGGGGCAGCCGAGGAGCUUUCGACUGCAUCCGAGUACCAGCGCAAAGCUGGGCGACGUGCAGCGUGUCUCAUGAUCAUCCUUGUCGUCGUCGUUGCAGUUGUGCUUCUGGCUAUUUUAUCAUAGAUGUGGCCUUGUGUCAUCGCCUCUAAUACCUUUGCUAGUUUUCUGUUGCCUGACGGAUUAUGGACAUCGUCGCGGAAAAGUUUCAAAUGUUUAUUUCUAACCUCUAUUUUUUAUAUCAAUGCACUUUGAUGUGAAUUCAUGUUGCCCUGUUCACUCACACCCCAGUAAAUAUAUGUGUGGUAUUUUCAUAUA